CCAGGACCCGUCCUGCUACGUUGCAAGGAAAAGUAGCAGACUGCCGCCGUGACUACGUAGCGAGGUGGUUGUCGUGCCCGCAGAGGUAGCGGAGGAAGCCGAGCAGCGGGGGUGGCCGGUGGACCUUACGGUAGCGGCGGAGGAAGGCGGGGUCCUGGAGGACGCGGCGCCAGGACGUGCAGACGGUGGAGGCGCGGCGAGGCACGCGGACGAGUCCGGAAGGGAGGCGGAGGAUCUCGUGGACGGCGUCGUCCAUCAGCUCCGGAAGCGUCAUGUUGCCGGCCGGACGGCUUGGCUUGGUGGCGACGGGGAGCGAGAGGAGUCGUGGAUGAGCACGGGACGGUGGACUCUGCUGCUAGUCGCUACGGUAUCUGUACUUGCUUGUGUCGGUUUGAGUUGGAAUCACUAUAAAAAAAUUCGGAGGGACGCCGUAUUCGCGGUUAAAAGAUAAUCCACCCCUACUCCUGCAAAUAGAAUGGAGUUACUAAAUAGAAAUAGAAUGGAGUUACAGUAGCGAUUCACCUUUCCCUGUUAGAAACAGGUAAUUACGUCAUCCGUUCCUAAAAAUAACUACCAUUUUUGGAGCGGGUGAUGCCAACACCCGCUCUACAAAUAUAUUUUUAGAGAGAGGUAACUCCAUCACCCGCAUCUGGAAAUAGCCACUAUUUUUAGAACGGGUGAUGGCAUGACCCGCCCCUACAAAUAGUCUCACGUAAAAUAAUUCAUAACUUUUGAUCUCGGAUGAAAUUAAACUUUAUAUCAAAAUUGUAGAGGUUGACGAGACCUAAAAUUUUUUAAUUGAUAACUUUUUUAUUUGAGGUCAUUUAGUCUAAAAAAUUAUUAUAAGUUCUCUAAUUUCAAAAUCUACAAGUUUUGAUUUUUUUUCAAACAAUUUUCAAUGUAGAGUAGUUCCAUAUCAAAGUUGUAGUGGUAAAAUCUAAGUUUAUACAUUAUUCAUUUAAGAUCGUUUAAGAUCAUAAAAUUCUUUAAUAGUUGUGUCCUACAUAUAGCCAUAUGACUAUAAAAUAUCUCAUACAACACAAGUCAUACUUUGAGAUUUUCAUAAUCUUUAUCAUUAUAUACACUAAAAUAUAUUUGACAUAUUUUUUCUGUAUUUAUAGUUCAUAAUAACCAUAGUGUAGAAAUUUCAUAUUUUAUCAAUUUGUUUUCCUAUAUUUAAAUAUUUAAUAAAUUUUUGGAAUAAAUAGAAAAAUAUUUUCAGGGGCGGGUGAUGGGGUCCCCAGCCCCUAAAAAUCGAUUUCAAUGUUAAUAUAAAAGAAUAGCAUAUCUUAAUAGGAUAAUCUCAUACUUACAGUUUUCUUAAGCACAGAGAUCGCUUGUUGAUGUCUAUUAAUAUAAUCUGGCUAGCAAGUAAUAUUUUUACUCAUAAUAUGAUUAAUUUUUCCUUGAACAUCUUUGCCAUUAUACCAUGAAAGACUGAAAGUACUACUUGGACGAACUCAGAAAUAAAAUCAGAAUUGACUGGAUGAUUCAAUGUUCCACAAAGAUUCAGUACGUUGAUUCUAGGUAAGCUUGCCAAACAUGAAGUGAGAUUUCACAAAAAUUAGCACAGAAGUAAACCUGGCAUAAAUCUUGGGCCACAAUCAUGAAAAUAUUGUGAGAAGAGACAUACUAAUUGAUCAUGAUAUCUAGGUAAAAACUGGCACUUCUACGGACCGCGAAAAGGCUUCUUAUUUAAACUACUCUUCUGAACACAAGACAGAGUAAUUGAUCCUGAUGGCAACUUAUUGACACUAAGGGUGUCUUUGGACCGGGGGGGGGAUGUUUGGACACCUAUUAAAUAUAAACUAAUUAUAAAACUAAGGCUAAUUCACGGGAUGAAUUUAUUAAGCCUAAUUAAUCCAUGAUUUGACCAUGUUAUGCUACAGUAAACAUGCUAAUGAUAGAUUAAUCAGGUUUAAUGAAUUCGUCUCGUGAAUUAGUCUCUAUUUGUGCAAUUGAUUUUAUAAUUAAUUUUUAUUUAAUACUUCUAACUGGUAUCCAAACAUCGGAUGUGACGGGAGCGGAUCCAAACAGAUCCUAAAUCUCGAAUUAUUGAGACACGGGACACUCAAGAAGCCGAGUCCUAAAUAUGGAUCCAAACAGGUCAAGUCGGAUACACGGGACUCUUCACACUCAUGUUAAAUAUUGAUCAAUCAUUGCAUCUUCAUGGUGGUGACGACAGUCUGCCUUUAACAAGAUCAGGAAAGAUAAUUAAAAACCACACUGUAGCUCAUCAAUUGUUAUCAUAUUUAAUAUAUGUACGUUUGAACGAUUACAAGAAUGGGGUCGGUACUUGUGCAUCAAAUUGGCAUCAAAAUUGAGAAUAAUAUAUCGCUAAGUUUGCUGAGGUCUGGUAAUGCCACCUUCUCUGGCAACCUGGGAAGAUGCUGAGGUGUCGAAGCACAAGUUUCCCCGAGCUCUUUCUUGGGGUCAGGCAGAUAGAUUCUCAAGGGGAGGAGAGUGUUUCCAUGCAGCUCCCAGAGUCACCAGCGCUAGCAUGCAGGAUACCCACAACCUGGUCGAGGUAAUGGCUGCAAGGUAUAUUCAUUUGCUUUGUGAUAGCUGAAAGCAAAUGUUGACAGUAUAAACAAAACACAAAUAUAUAUUGGUGCUAUUUGACCUUUCAUGACCUGGACAAUCUUCCAUUGAUGGUGCAACUGCAAGAGAUCUUGACUUGGUUCACGCAAUUGCCCAAAGUGCGCAUUGUAUAGCAGUAGCACAAGCAGAAAUUGGAAGUGGUUUCCAGGUUAUUAGUGCCGCUAUUAAUGGGAGUCAGCACUACAUAAGAUCUCAUCCAGAAAUACUCUCAGCUCAGGCUACAGGUGGGGUUUGCUUGCCAGAUGUAGUAUCAAAUAUUGUUACACGAAGGUGGGAUCAUGAGAAGAAACAAUUUUCAUUGCCUCCUUUGAUGACCCUUGUUGGGAAUGGCAAAGCCCGGUUGCUGCAUGGAAACAUAUGUGUUCUGGCCGACAUAAUGCGGUCAUAACAUUUGCGACCAAGAGUACUAAGAGGGAAAGGAGAAAUUUUCAGAACAAGUCAAAAGAUUCACUGUUGACAAGUGAGGAAGCUUCUUCAGGCAGUGGAGGAAGCGCCAGCACAAGCCUCGAGGUCAAUAGCGAGGAUGUUGCUGCUACUGAUGAUCAAAUUUCAGGUGCCCCAAGGAGUGCUGUUCUUCAGGCAUGCACUCUCACAUCAGGCUUGCUGCUUGCUGGAGGUCUUCUGCUUCGCCAGGUAUCACACCUUGCAUCUUUAAAUGGAUGGCCAAUUGCUGAUCCUACAGAUGUUUCAUUCAAUUUCGAAACAUGGCAUCUCCAGUUGGUAGCAGGACUUGUAAUAGUAAUCUCCUCUAGCAGAUACAUUCUGCUACAAACAUGGUCAGAUUUCAGAGAUUCCAGUGAAGCUGCAAAUACACAAAUCCUUACUUCGCUGGAGCCUUUGGACUACAUUGUUGUUGCUUGCCUCCCUGGGAUAAGUGAGGAGUUGCUCUUUCGAGGGGCACUGAUGCCUACCUUGGGAUUGAACUGGAUUAGUGCCCUUAUGAUCGGAACCAUUUUUGGUGUUCUUCACUUGGGCAAUGGCAGGAAAUAUUCAUUUGCAAUCUGGGCAACAUUUGUUGGCUUUGCCUAUGGUAUAGGAACCAUAGCUUCCUCGAGCAUUAUAGUUCCAAUGGCUUCUCACUCCAUAAACAAUAUUAUUGGAGGUUUACUUUGGCGCUUUACCAAGAACUCACAAAAAUAAAUAUAUAAUACCCUUAGUAGUCA